AUGGCUCACACCUUGCCAUCGAGUAUCUACUGCUCGCGCGUGCUCAUCAGGUGCUCCUCAUCGGAGAGGGGCGGGCAGCACAGGAGCAAUGCGGCCGUGAGGGUGAACGGGGCGGCGCACAGGACUCCGCUACAGGUAGGAUCGGCGCUGGAGACGUCCAUCAACCGGUCGCUGGCAGAGCUCAGCGCCCCGUUGCUUACGACUGUAGACGGGCAGGAGCGCAGCCGGCAGAACAUCCCGACGGAGAAGCAGGCUGAGGACCCAUUCAGACAGGCGCAGAUCGUGGAGGGCGGGGUGCGGUACCAGCAGACGGUGGUGGUGCGCUCGUACGAGGUUGGCCCUGACAAAACGGCGACACUAGAGACCCUACUUAAUCUUCUCCAGGAGACAGCACUCAACCACGUUUGGAUGUCGGGUCUCCUCGGUGACGGCUUCGGCGCCACUCACGGCAUGAUCAAGAACAACCUCAUCUGGGUCGUAUCAAGGAUGCACGUCCAAGUCGAACACUACCCCAUAUGGGGAGAGGUGCUGGAGAUUGACACGUGGGUUGGCUCGUCGGGGAAGAAUGGCAUGCGCCGUGACUGGCUAAUCCGUGGCCGCGGCUCCGGCAACGUCUUCGUCCGAGCAACCAGCACCUGGGUGAUGAUGAACAAGAACACUAGGAGGCUGUCCAAGAUGCCCGACGAGGUCAGGGCCGAGAUCUCUCCGUGGUUCAUCGACCGGCAUGCCAUCCAGGAUGAGGCCACCGAGAAGAUCAUCAAGCUAGACAGCACCGCCAAACACGUUGAAUCCAAUUUGAAGCCGAAGCGGAGUGAUCUGGAUAUGAACCAACACGUCAAUAACGUCAAAUAUGUACGGUGGAUGCUGGAGACUAUCCCCGAUCAGUUCCUACAGCACCACCAGCUUCGCAGUAUUAUCCUGGAGUACAGGAAGGAGUGUGGGAGCUCGGAUGUUGUACAAUCUAUUUGCCAGCCAGAUGAGGGCUCAAUUUCGCCUGGUGAAAACGUUAACAUGGUGAGAGGACCCUUACUCUUGCCAGAAAUCAUCAAUGGUCACCACAGCUUGGCUGGUGCAUUACACCAAUGGCCAACAAAGUACACGCACCUUCUGCAACUGAAAGCAAGUGAUGGGUAUGAGGAGAUUGUAAGGGGCAGAACCACAUGGAAGAAGAAGUUAUGCACCCUACCUUUUAAUAAAGGCGAGAUACCUGUGUAUUGA